AUGACUCCGUUCGAAGGCGGCGUUUGGAAGGUCCACGUCGAACUCCCCGACCAGUACCCCUACAAGUCACCGAGUAUCGGAUUCGUUAACCGCAUUUUCCACCCCAACAUUGACGAGCUAUCGGGCUCCGUCUGCUUGGACGUCAUCAACCAGACGUGGUCGCCCAUGUUUGACAUGAUCAAUAUUUUCGAGGUCUUCCUGCCCCAGCUACUCCGGUAUCCGAACCCGACGGACCCCCUUAAUGGCGAGGCGGCUGCUUUGAUGAUCAGGGAACCCAAAAGCUAUGACGCGAAAGUAAAGGAAUACGUUCAAAAGUACGCGAGCAAAGACGCCGCCGACGAGGCCGGCGCCGAGAGCGAUGACGACGAUGACAUGUCCUCCGUGGGCAGUUUCGGGGACGACGACGAGGAGCCUGCGGGGCGACUGGACGAUGUAUGA